GGCAAGGACAGAUUACCCUUCAACGCGGCGUAACAGCAGAGCUCUGGCAGACAGAACAUUGAUCCAGGAUAACACCUGGAACAGGACUGUCACCAUCACCAUGGAGAAGCUGCAGGCCCAGGACAGCGGUGUGUACUGGUGUGCAACCUACAGAGGCUCUCACCUCAUGGAGAAAAUGGAGGUCAGGCUCUCUGUGUCCAAGAGGACACAGCAAUGCACAGCCAAGGAGUCAGGCAAGGUCUCUGUCCAGUGUCCCUACAGCGCCCCAGACUAUGGGGCUGUGAGCAAAGCCUGGUGCAAGGAGGGAGAUAGCCCAGGAUGUCGCGUACUGGUCAGCACGAGCUACUCCAGGACACCCCAGAAAGGCAGAGUCACGAUCCAGGACGACCCCCAGCAGGGCAUUGUCACCAUCACCAUGGAGGAGCUGCAGGCACAGGACUCGGGCGUGUACUGGUGUGCGCUUCAUGAAGAUGCUCAUCUUUUCCGAAUGGUGGAGGUUACACUCAAUAUUUCCGACGGUGAGUACUGGCCUGUAGAGAAGAAACGCGGUGCUUUGUAG